ACAGCGCCAUCAGCAGACCGCCGCCUCCUCUGCUGUAGCAACACUGCUCCUUCGCUACCCUCCUCCUUUUCCUCUUCUUCUGCCGUCUGUGCUGUUGAUCGCCAGCCUGCAGGAGUAGUCUGCGUCUCCACAGGAGUCAUUCCUUCUUCUUGACAUUAUUUCCUUCCUUAAUUUUGGACGAAAUCUGGGAGAAUUGUGGAGAUGAUGGGCAGCAAGGAGCGACGUGCAGUGAACGUGAAAGGCUUACUGAGGAGGAACUGGCUGCUUAUUGCGACAGUUCUGUCGGUGCUGAUCGGUAUCAGUUUGGGCGUUGUGGUGAGGGAGUAUGCGUCCCUCUCCCAUCUCCACAAGCAGUAUUUCGGCUUCCCAGGAGAGAUCCUGAUGCGAAUGUUGAAACUGGUCAUCCUUCCACUCAUCAUUUCAAGUAUGAUCACAGAGGAAGCAUCCAGGCGUUCUUCUGAAAGGCACGUUUAGUCCAUCUGAUACUCGGGAAGAUGACCUGGCAGGCAGUUCUACCCCAGCAGCUACUCAACCCCCCUUGAAGCAAGCAAGGAUCACACCACCACAACCAUUCUUGAUGCACUGUGUUGUGCCGUGUUUAAUUUUACAAGCAAGGGUGUGCAAAGAAAAAAUCAAGAAAAAUAAAAUGUGAUGUAAAAGUCUUACUUUGCUUAUUUAUUACUAAACUAGAGCACUUCAUUGUCAUUGCACAUGUAUGAAGUAAUGAAAUGCAGUUUGGCAUCUAAUCAAGUGCAACGUGUGCAGAUUGUACAGCAUGCAGUAUUUAGAGAUAAAAUGCAGUUAUUCACAGCUAGGGUAAGGAAAGGUGGUUGAUAGAUAUGUGCAGCAGAAUAAAUAAAUUACCCCUAGGGAAAUGCAUGUAUGUGCAGAGCCACUGUAGAUAGGGCUAUACAGGUGCGAAUUGAGGAGGAACACUGUACAAAUGUUGGGAUGGUACAGUAAGGUAUGGAUAGAGGGGAAGGAAAGAUUGGUCUUUGGGAAGAGUUCAAUAAGGUGACCACUGUAGGAAAGAAGUGGUUUCUGAACCUGCUUGUGUUAGUCUGCAAACUGCGUAAAUGGUAGAGCCUGGGGGAGGAGCAGAAAAGAGUAUGGCCCGAUGAGAGGAGUCUGAGAAAAUCUUACAUGCCUGGUGCUGGCAUCUCUUCUUGUGGACCUCCUGUGAUUGCCUGUCAGCAAUUCCUGACAGGCAAUCAGGAAUUGCCUGAUUCCUGAUUGCCAAUCAGCUUAGUGCUCUUUUAAGGUUCCCACUCAGUUCUCAAAAAUUAAAUGUUGAACAUGGGUCAAUACUCAUUAAAACCUCAAAGUAAUCAAAAGUAAUUAGUUACAUUACUUUUUGAAAGUAAUCGAAAAAGUUACACUACAAUUACAUUUUAAACAAGGUAACUUGUAACUGUAACGGAUUACAUUUUUAAAGUAACUUACCCAACACUGCUUAUAAUUAAGUACUGGCAAAGCUCAAUGCAAUUUUCACAGGAGGCAGAGCGUUGUUGUUAGCAGCUGCUGAAAGUAACUAAAAAAGUUACUUUUAAUGUAACUUAUUUACUUUCC